CCUCGACCCAGAAACCUGAAGCUCCCCAAACCGGAGCUGGUGCUGCCUGCCGCUGCUUGGGGGGUGCCUGGUGCCGCCAGAGCCUCCGGCAUUUGGCCCCACGCGGUUUCCUUUCCCGCAUUGUGCUCCGUCCAUCGCCCGCAACGCUUCCAUCUUCAUCAUUUAAGACCACCUCUUCUUCUCGCUGAGAACGGUCACUCAUCUGGUUUAUAUCGGACGCCUUUCUUAUCGUUGACAGGACUGGGAUCAUCUCGUCAUCAAUUCCUGCAUCAACCACACUCGUUCGCCAUGACCACCACCCCACAGUAUACUUCGCUCCCGCCGGUUCCUGCCAAACAUGCGGAUUUCCUCGCAUACCUCAACGAUCAUCCCCAGGACCCCCUUGGUGAUCUGCUGAAGCCAUAUAAUGAAUAUGAUGCUGUGCUGCGUAGGAUCUUUGCACAGGAACCCGAACAUCCUGCUGGUGCCGAAAAUGUGCUCAACUUGGUACCGCUGUUUGAUGCCAAUGGAUCUACGGACGUGAGGAUUCGCGCGAGGAACCUCGCUGCAGAGUCGGAUGAGGCCAAAUCCAAGUAUCUGCUGCCACUGAAAGAUGAAGCCCGCAAGCCUAAUGGCUCUCUCGCGACCGUGUCCAGCAUCAGGCAGUUUCAGACCAAUUUUAACCUUUUCUCGGAGAAUUCCUUGAGUGAUUUGGACUGGAGCAAUGUGGUAGCAGCAGGGAGUGCCGUGACCACAUCUCUGUUGCCAGUUCCAGAAGAUCUCGCGGAUUCAAAGCGGGGCCUCCGUCAAUUUUACCACGAAAAGUUUGCGCCUGCCUCAGAUGUGGAUUUGUUUCUCUAUGGCCUGACUGAGGAACAAGCUAUCGAAAAGAUCAAACAGAUCGAAAGAUGUAUCAAGGACUCCAUUCUAACCGAGACAUCCACCAUCCGCACAAAACAUGCUAUUACUAUUGUUUCCCAGUAUCCAACCCGUCACGUACAGAUCGUCCUUCGUCUGUACAAGUCCAUUUCAGAGGUCCUGACUGGCUUCGAUGUGGAUUGUGCGUGUGCCGCCUAUGAUGGGCGUCAGGUGUAUCUCGCCCCACGGGCGGUGAGUGCAUACAUCACCCAGGCCAACCAAAUUGAUCUAUCAAGACGCUCACCAUCGUACGAAAAUCGGCUCUCCAAAUACUCCCAUCGAGGGUUUGAAGUGUUCUGGCCCGAUUUGGAUCGCUCCCGCGUUGAUCCGGUGAGAUUCCUGGGCUCAUAACCUCCUAUUGGC